AGCAGUCCUGUCUGCCUGUGGAUUAGCCGGGGUGUCACGCCGUUUCGUUUCUCCCAUUCGCCACAGCUCCCCGGAGGCGAAGGAGCCCGGCGGGAGGCCCACCGAGGGCAGAGCCGCCACUCGGGAGCAGGCAUCACGGGCCAGCCGGGCAAGAUUCUGAUGAAGCUGACAAGCGGCUGCAAUGCUUCAAAAACACUAAAUGCCAAUAAUAUGGAGACAUUGAUUGAAUGUCAAUCAGAGGGUGAUAUCAAGGAACAUCCUCUGUUGGCAUCAUGUGAGAGUGAAGAUAGUAUUUGCCAGCUAAUUGAAAUCAAGAAAAGAAAGAAGGUGCUGUCCUGGCCCUUUCUCAUGAGAAAGAUUUCUCCUUCAUCAGAUUUUCCUGGGGCUUCGGAGCCAGAAUUGAAAGCGUCAUUGUUUGAUCAGCCCUUGUCAAUCAUCUGUGGUGACGAUGACACACUCCCCAGGCCCAUCCAGGACAUUCUCACUCUUCUGUGCCUCAAAGGCCCUUCCACCGAAGGGAUAUUCAGGAAAGCGGCCAAUGAGAAAGCCCGCAAGGAGCUCAAGGAGGAGCUCAACUCGGGCAGCGUGGUGGAUCUGAGCGGGCUCCCGGUGCACCUCCUGGCGGUGGUCCUGAAGGACUUCCUCCGAAGUAUCCCCCUGAAGCUGCUGUCCUGCGACCUGUUUGAGGAGUGGAUGGGUGCCCUGGAGAAGCAGAACGAGGAGGACAGGAUUGAGGCCCUGAAACAGGUUGCAGAUAAACUGCCUCGGCCCAACCUGCUGCUGCUCAAGCACCUGGUCUCCGUGCUCUACCUGAUCAGCAGGAACUCCGAGGUCAACAAGAUGGACGCCAGCAACCUGGCCAUCUGCGUCGGGCCCAACAUGCUGACCCGGGAGAAUGACCAAAACCUGUCGUUCGAAGCCCAGAAAGACUUGAACCAUAAGGUUAAGACUUUGGUGGAAUUCCUCAUCGAUAACUGCUUGGAAAUAUUUGGGGAGAACAUUCCGGCGCAUUCCAGUACUGCUUCCGACGACUCCCUGGAACACACUGACAGCUCAGAAACGUCAACCCUGCAGAACGACUCGGCCUACGACAGCAAUGAUCCAGACGCGGACUCCAGCAGUGCCAUCAGCUCUCCGGGCAGGCUGCCCCCCGCGCCCGCGGAGACAGCAGCCGGCGUGGAGCCCAGCAACCUGCCGUGUGCUUGGAACUUAAGCCGGGAGCCCAUCGCCAGCACUGUGGCCAGACUGAAAAGCUCCCUCUGUGAACCGGACAGGCGAUACUCAGAACCCAGCAUGUCAUCCUCCCAAGAAUGCCCAGAGAGCCGGAAAACGAACCAAAAACUAACACGCAGUGAGGAUGACUUCACUAGGGCCCAACCAGCCUCCCACUUUGAAAGUGGGGAAGCUGAGGACCCCUUUGCAGAGGAGGUGUUUCCUGCAGUUGAGGGCAAAACCCGGAGGCCUCAGGACCUGAAGGUGCAGAACUCGACCCAGGGUUUGGCGUCACUGUGGGGAUCGGUGCCCAAAGCCUGCUCCAGUGGCUCUCUGGACACCUCCUCUGACAGCUCACCGGUGGCUUCUCCCUCCAGUCCCAAGAGAAACUUCUUCACCAGACAUCAGUCUUUUACAAAGACUGAUAAAAGUAAGUCCAACAGAGAAAUUAAAAAGCAUUCCAUGUCGUUCUCCUUUGCCUCUCACAAAAGAGCGCUGACCAAAACCCCCAGCUUGAUGUCUGUGAAGUCCAAAGCCUUUGCCAGAGACCAAGUAAGGAAAGGAAUGAAAAAAGAAAGCCAACUUGCUGGACGAAUAGUGCAGGAAAACUUCCCUGAAACCCCCGGCCAAGGAGCCCUAGACUUGAGCUCCAGACCCUGUGCCAUGUCGGCGGAGGACGUGUUCCGCCUGGUGGACCAGAGAAGGCCCGGCAGCCCGCCCUCUUACCAAGAGGCCAUGCGGUGCCAGGAGCUCACUGCCCACCGGAGCCAAACAGUUGGCAGCAUGCGGGCCAGAAUGCUCAGCCUGGACACCGGGCUGCCGCCACGUCUGCCUUUUCACCACGGAGGGGACCCAAACAUGUGCAGCCAAGAGCCACGUGACGGGCACAGGCUCGCUCCCAGGACUGAGAGCUGGAAACAGAGCGGGGCUGUCUGUGCUCCUGUGGAAACGAUAAGACAAGUGACUGUCAUUGGGAGACCCGAGCUGCACCGGCUGCGAACUGUGUCCGAGUCCAAGCAGAGGAGCAAGUGGGACGGCCCGGUGAGGCGAUGCAGCCAGCCGGUCUUCGAGGCCGAGCAGCUCCAGUAUGCCAAGGAGUCCUACAUUUAGGAAGGCGGCCAGGCGCCCGGCACGGCAGCUCCGCAGCGCGUGGCUGCGUCAGCAGCUGCUUCCAGACUGUUCUGGAAAAGUCAAGAAUAAGCUCCUUUCGAGACAUUGUACAGAGACCUCCUCAGAGAGGACAGCCGCACGUGGCCUCGGUGCCGUCUCGUGUCCCUGGAGCUGUGCACAGAGCGCGAAUGGACAGUGUUCCGGACAAGGCGUCAAGUCCAUGUAAAUACGUGUCUGUGCACUCGGGGUACACGCGUUGCUCUUCUCCGCCUCCGGGCUCUUUUCUACCAGUCAGUGUCUAAGAAUAAUGUUUUUUAAUGUUGCCUCAUGUCAUGCCAAUUUCCGCAUUUUCCACAAGCUCCAUUUAAGGGAAAAUGUUUAAAUCUGUCAGAAGUUCCCUAGCAGCAGUGGAAUGACAGAAGGGAGCUGCAGACUGCAAGCUGCCAGGGUCCACGUGGGGACCGUCAGGGUCAUCGCGCUGGGGACCGUCAGGGUCAUCGCGUUGGGGACCGUCAGGGUCAUCGCGCUGGGGACCGUCAGGGUCAUCGCGUUGGGGACCGUCAGGGUCAUCGCGAUGGGAACCGUCAGGGUCAUCGCGAUGGGUCAUCGCGCUGGGGACCGUCAGGGUCAUCGCGCUGGGGACUGUCAGGGUCAUCGCGAUGGGAACUGUCAGGGUCAUCACCAGGGAAAGGAAAUACUUCCACGCGUCCUUCCAAUCGUCUGACUUUUAAUCGGUAGGUCAGUGAAAAUGCAUUACGUCCGUGUUAAUGGAUUUACAGCACUUUGAGUUUCCUUGUGGUUCAGGGGUGCCUUCGCCAGUAGUGUGGAGGGUGUCACUUUAUAUGCAUUGGAGUCAUGUAUAAAACUUCAGUAUAAUCUCACUACAGCAAACCGCCUGCCUUUUUCAGAGUAAAGUGUUCCUUCUCCACUGACAUGCUGCUUCCUUGCCCUCUGUUCUCAGACCCCAGGAAAGUCAUUCACACAGUGAUCCACUCAGCAGGCCUCUACUGAACAUGUAUUUAUUAGUUUGACCCAUGGGCAAAGCUGGGGAUCUUGUGUUUGGGGAAAGAGACAAUCCCUGUCCUCCAGUCAUUGGCAAAACCAUAAAACCGUCCCCUUCAGCAUAUGGUCACUCAGAGGCCAGAAAACUUACUAUGCAAAACGGGAAUAUAGCAAACAUAAUAUUUCCUGGUUUUCUGUGCAUGACACUUUUGGGUACUUUGCUUGAUUUUCUCAUAAAACUGCAUUUUUUAUUGUUAAAGACACAGCUCUGCGUUGGCUGACUGCGAGGGCGAGGGUCCGCUUUCUCCGGGGCGGUUUGUUACUAAUGUAACAAAGUUCAAACUUGUAUCUCGGGUUGCAAAGCAGCAGUUCAGACCCAGUAACAUCAUUAGGAAUACUUUGUUAAGCACCACUGAAUAGUUCUCAGGGCAGACUCCCGCCUCUGAGCUAAGUUAAGAAAAGCAACCCUUUCCCAGAGUUGGACAAUAACAGUAAUAGUUACAAUUUUUAGCAUCUACCAUGUGGCCAGCACUGUGCUAAGUAUUUCAGGACUGAAGAGGUUUUUUCCAUCAUGUUUUUAGCAUCCUCUUUUUGAGAAUCAGAGCAUUCCCAUCAGUUGAUGAGCAAGACCGUAAGCUAGGAAGCCUCCAAUCUAUUCCACUUUACCGCUGAUCUGACCUCCACGCGACCUACUCAGACCACGCAAACCCCACCCCAGAUUUCCUCAUUUCGAGAAAGCAGGAGUAGACCAGAAGCCUUCUACCUGUGACGUGUGAGGAGUCCGGUUGCUGACAGACGUCCGUGAGUUUCUUGCAGUCGAGCAAAUGUCAUUGUUGGGACAGUCUCCGGACAGGGAGACAGGUCGGGAUGGUUCCCAGUGCUGCAGAGGUGGCCCCACUCCCCUCCACAGAGCCCCGGGCCUUUCCAACGGCCGCCCGGC